AAAGUUUCUCCAUCUAUCGCUUCCUGAAGUUUGAAUCCUCCAAACGUCAGGCAAAGCAUGUACUACUUACCAUGACUGUGGAACACCCAAUACCUUGAAUCACUUCCCCAUAUCCCUAUCAUCCUUCACUAGAUCCAGAUUCUAUAAAAGCAUAAGAAACUCUACAUCGUCUCAUAAAUAUUCGCAUAUUUAAUCUAUUUAAUGUUUUCCCUAAUUCAUCCCUUCACCCUCCACUCCCCUUUACCUUCUAAAUCUAUAUCACUUUCGAGGUGAUCGAACAAAUACAAUGUCUAUUACAGUAACUAACGGUAACAAGGCCUUUGAGAAUGCCUCGACCAACGUCGCUGCGGCGCAAAUGCGCAACUCCCUAACUGAGCUCGCGGAGACUGUCAAGGACCCGGAGCAGAAGAAGCUGUUCGAAACUGAAAUGGACAACUUCUUCGCCCUCUUCCGCCGAUACCUCAACGACAAAGCUAAGGGUAACGCUGUUGACUGGGACCGUAUCGCUCCUCCCGCGCAGGGCCAGGUCGUCGACUACGAAGACCUAGCCAACUCCGAGUCCGUUGGGUUCCUCAACAAGCUCGCUGUUCUGAAAUUGAACGGUGGUUUGGGUACGUCUAUGGGUUGUGUUGGUCCUAAGUCUGUUAUCGAAGUCCGCGAUGGCAUGUCUUUCCUUGAUAUGUCCGUACGACAAGUCGAAUACUUGAACCGAACGUACAACACUAACGUCCCCUUCAUCCUGAUGAACUCUUUCAACACCCACGAUGACACUGCCGCCAUCAUUAAGAAGUAUGAGGGACACAACGUCGACAUCCUGACCUUCAACCAAUCGAGAUUCCCCAGGAUCUACAAGGACUCGCUAUUGCCUGUCCCCAAGAGCGUCGACUCGUCGAUCAAUGAGUGGUAUCCUCCCGGACACGGUGAUGUCUUCGAGUCUCUAUACAACUCUGGCCUCCUCGAUAAGCUCAUCGAGCGGGGUAUCGAGAUUAUCUUCCUGUCAAACGUCGACAACCUAGGCGCCGUGGUGGACCUACGCAUCCUACAACAUAUGGUUGAGACGAAUUCCGAGUACAUUAUGGAGUUGACCAACAAGACCAAGGCUGACGUCAAGGGUGGUACCAUCAUCGACUACGAGGGCUCUGUCCGCCUACUAGAAAUUGCUCAGGUUCCCAAGGAACAUACCAACGAGUUCAAGUCGAUUAAGAAGUUCAAGUACUUCAAUACCAACAACAUCUGGAUGAACACCAAGGCCAUCAAGCGCGUUGUUGAGAACAACGAGCUCGAGAUGGAGAUUAUCCCGGUCAAGACCUGCUCAGAUUUGAUGUUGGUCAAGUCCGACCUGUACACUGUCAAGCACGGUCAAUUACAACUGAACCCGAGCCGAUUUGGCGGCGCGCCGCUUAUCAAGCUUGGCAGCGACUUCAAGAAGGUAUCAGACUUCCAGAAGCGCAUCCCGUCGAUCCCCAAGAUCAUCGAACUUGACCACCUAACGAUCACUGGUAAUGUCAAUUUGCAUCGUGGAGUGGAACUCAAGGGAACUGUCAUCAUCGUCGCGACAGAAGGCUCGACGAUCGACAUCCCCCCCGGAUCGAUUUUGGAGAACGUGGUAGUUGAGGGUAGCUUGCGUCUGUUGGAGCAUUAAUCUGUGGUAUUUCCACCAUUGUCAUUUUUGUAGUACUCCCGUACUUUCCGUUGAGCGUUUGUUCCGACCCAACUCUUUAGAUAGCUAGCCGUAGUAAAGGUAUCCUGGGACGGAUGUGGGAGAUAAUGACUGAUGUUAUGCACUUGGGCGUGUUGGACCAAAAAGCGCCAGGAAGAUAAUGCGAUGCAAUAAAAAAGUACACAUGUGGUAUAAUUCUGCCGAGUCUUUGCCUGUCGUGUGAUUUAAUUUAUGUGUGUUGUUGUGUUGUGACUGGUGGAUACUUACGCAUUGUUGCCGGCUUACCUGGCUUUAGCUACGUGUGAUUUUCGCAUUCUACGAUUGCUUCAUCUCACUUCACAAGGAUAG